AUGGUGAUUGCAGUUCUUAAAAGAUGCCAUCAGAAGCCUUUGAAAGGAUUCACGAACGGAGAGUGGGAGGAAACGACAACAAGGGGUGUUUUGAGGGAAGCUAAGCUCGUCCUCGAUUGCGUUGGACCUUUUCACCUUUACGGUGAGCCCGUCGUCGCUGCCUGUGUUGAAGCGGGGUGCGAUUACCUGUAUAUUUCAGGUGCGUCGGAGUUCAUGGAGAGGAUGGAAGUCAUGUACCAUGAGAAGGCUGUGGAGAAAGUCGAUGUAUUCACAGUCGAUAUAUAUACUCAAUGA